AUGCUCUCCUCAAUUAUAAUAAGCUUCCUUCUCCUUGCCCCCUCAGUCUUAUCCGCCCCGUCGUAUCAAAAUUCCACGCAGAGCAUCGAAGAUGACCAUUUCGACUAUAUUGUUGUUGGCUCUGGCCCUGGAGGAGGACCUUUGGCAGUGAAUUUAGCCCAAGCAGGGUGGUCUGUACUCCUUCUGGAGGCAGGUAGAAACUACACUGGUAACAAUAGUCAAUUGAUUCCUGCUUUCAUCGGGGAGGCCCAGUGGGAUCCCGCUCAAUCUUGGGAGUUUUAUGUGAAAGACUAUAGCAAUGAAACCCAGGCUGCUCGAAACGACAAAAUGGUUUGGGAAAAGCCAGAUGGCAGCUACUGGGUUGGACGAGAUCCUCCGGAGGGAUCAAAUCCUCUUGGAGUCUGGUAUCCUCGGGCUGGGACGCUAGGAGGCUGUGACACACAUAAUGGUGGGCUUACUGUCAGACCGUCGGACUGGGACUGGGACAAUAUUGCAAAUCUUACUGGCGAUUCUAGUUGGACUCACGAUCACAUGCUUAACUAUUUCGAAAAGCUAGAGCGCAAUCUCUUUUUGCCACCUUCAACACCUGGCCAUGGAUUUUCUGGAUACCAGCCCGUUGGUCGUGGAGACAAGUCACUAUUCGAGAACGAGCCACAGAUACUUGCAGUAGCUCAAGGUUCUGCUGCUGCCUUGGGACUCACAGUCAGGGCCAGUUCGCAAGACUUCGAUGUCAUUGCCCAAAAAGAUAUCAACGAGGUAUCCCCAGAUCGUGAUCUUCAGAAUGACGUAUAUCAAAUCAGCUUUAAGAAAGACGAGCUCGGUCGUCGAUUUUCUUCGGGUUCCAGGGUGAACGAGGGUGUUUCGAAAGGCCUACCACUGAAUGUCCGAUUUGAUAGUCUCGUCACAAAAGUGUUAAUAGACGAUGCUUUAAGGGCAACGGGAGUGGAAUAUCUAGAAGGAGAAAGUAUCUAUAUGGCUGACCCUCGUGCUACGAGAAAUAAUACAGGAGUACGUCGAACUGCAACAGCUAAGCGCGAAGUCAUUGUUUCGGCAGGCGCUUUCAACACUCCUCAAAUCCUAUUACUCAGUGGCAUUGGCCCAGCUACCGAACUGAAUAAGCACAGCAUCCCUGUGGUUGUGGACUUACCGGGUGUUGGUCGAAAUCUCCAGGACCAUUACGAAGUUCCCGUUAUCCAGGAGUUCCCAACCAAUUUUACCUUCUGGGACGAAUGCUAUGUCCCCGAGGGCCAGGUGAAUCCAUGCUACGAGAGGUGGGAAAAGAAUGGAACUGGUCCUUGGUCAACUCUUGGCUUUUUUAACUUCGUCUUGAAAACAAGCUCGGUGACUCCUCGCGCGGGCGAACGGGAUUUAAUCUUGUAUGGCGCAACCGAGGGUAUAUUAGGCCAUUUGCCACCAUACACUAAUUGGACUGGUGUCUUAAGUGCUAAAGAUGUGUAUACUUACACUAUAUCGGAAUCACACUCGCGAAAUCGCGCCGGCACCGUCACACUCCGCAGUUCUGAUCCGAGGGACGUUCCAGAGAUCAACUUUGAAUAUUUUUCUGAUGGCGGAGACAAAGAUGUACAAGGUCUGGUUGAUGGCAUUGAGUUUGCACGUAAGAUCUUCAAGUCGGUACCGGGUUUCGACGGCUUAACUAGGGAGGUAUAUCCUGGGGAGGACGUAAAAACUCAGGACCAGCUCAAGCAAUAUGUCCGUGAUCAGGCAUAUGGGCACCACGCUUCAAGCACGGCUGCUAUCGGCGGCGGCGAUGAUCCCCUCGCUGUCCUAGAUUCUAACUUCCGUGUGAGGGGUGUGAAGGGCUUGAGGGUAGUGGAUGCUUCAGCCUUUCCGGAGACUCCAGGAACAUUUCCAUUGAUUUCUCUUUUCAUGGCAAGCGAAAAGGCUAGCGAUGCUAUCCUAAAAGAUGCUGCUUCUUCAGACGCUUAAGUCUAUCCUGAUUUCAAAACUAGGUGUCAUUUAUUUAUUGAAUACCCCUUAGCUUAGAAAUCUUAGUAGAAUAAUACACAUUCAAUCAUCUGCCUGUCUAUGACUUUGCGAUCUUAUUCUUCACUUUUUUUUUGGUUGACUCUCCUUCGAUGUUCUUAGUCGUAGUGAACGCAAAUUCUAGGGCGUAAGAGGCAUACUAAGAUGAAGAGCUAGUAACGAGGGCAGGUGUAGGAAAUGUGUUGUGUCUUGAAAGGAUCAGCGAAUUUAGUUACUCUAAUAAGCAGGAGCUAUUAGACAUUUUCGUACAGAUGACAUAUUCUCACUUGCGAUCCACCAUGUCAAAACUAGAGCGUGCCAAGUCAUAACUAUAGAUGCUCGGAGUGUGGACAAUAUCUUGGCGGGGAAUACUAAUAUGUGGAAAGGGGAGUUACCGGGUAGGGAGUGGGGGAGAGGAUGCAACGGUAACAUUUAUGCCCACUGCUAUUUUAUCAGAUCAUUUUAUCAACUGCUGAGGGCUUUAGUUAGAUGAAGAUGGUGUACUUGUAUUCCUCGAAUUGCGUUUAUAGAGUAAAGGGGAGGGAGGGCAUGGCAAGGGUAGUUACGUAAAAAUAGUCGUACGGAGUAAAUGAACCGGUAUGUCUCCACUUUUGAUGGUUAUCAGAUCCGUCGUAUUUUUUAUCAGAUCCGAAAAGAUCCAACGGUGCUCCAACGGUGCCUACUCGGUAGG